CUUCUUCUUCCCUGUUGCUCCUUUCUUCUUGGGACUUAGUAGAUCGAUUCAUCUCUGAUUUCUCUCCAUCAACCAAGAAAAGGAUCUUUCCUUUCUUUUUCUUCGUCUUAAUUUCUCUGUAAUUGUUGUGUAAAUUUCAGAAAUCUCGUAAGGUUUUGCGAUUUUCGCAAAAUAAGAUUUGAGUUUUUUUUGCAUCGGAGAGGGUUGAUUGAGAGAGAGAGAGAAAAAACCCUAGGUCAUUGUUGCAAUGGCCCCUACGCCUACCCCGAAGUCGAAUCACUCGACGCCUUGGUCGAAAUCGAACGCAGUGCAUCAGCAAUCGCGGACUCCUCAGUCGAAGAUCCGCCUAAAUUUCACCAAAGAAAGCUCCGCCGAGCACCCGGUGGAAGUGAUCGGAAGAAUAAGGGAUCAUCCGGAGCAGAAAAUCAAGCACAACACGAAUCCGUCGGCCUUGCAGAUCAACGGCGAUGGAAAAUCCGUGAGGGUGAAGACGGAAAUAGGGUACAGGGAUUUUACCCUAGAUGGAGUCUCGGCUUCGGAGGAAGAAGAUCUCGAAUGUUUCUACAGAAAGUUCGUGGAGGCGAGAAUCAGCGGCGUCAAACUAGGGCAGAAUUGCACAAUAAUGAUGUAUGGUCCGACAGGGUCCGGCAAGAGCCACACGAUGUUCGGGUGCUCGACGCAGCAGGGGAUUGUCUACAGGUCGUUGAAGGACAUUUUGGGCGGCGAAGGCACCGAGAAAGUAGGCCUGGGAACAUUUGUGCAGGUCACUGUUCUGGAGAUCUACAACGAAGAGAUAUACGAUCUGCUCUCAUCAGGCAAUGCUGGUGGUGGAUUUAGUCUUGGAUGGCCUAGAGCUGGCUCUGCUUCUAAGGCAAAGCUGGAAGUUAUGGGUAAGAAAGCCAAAAAUGCAACCUAUAUUUCAGGAAAUGAAGCUGGUAAAAUUCUCAAGGAGAUACAGAAAGUAGAGAAGAGAAGGAUUGUAAAAAGUACACUAUGUAAUGAAAGAAGUUCCAGAAGCCAUUGCAUGAUAAUUCUUGAUGUUCCGACAGUUGGGGGCAGGCUAAUGCUUGUGGACAUGGCAGGUUCAGAAAACAUCGAACAAGCCGGACAAAAUGGUUUUGAAGCAAAAAUGCAGACUGCGAAGAUUAACCAAGGGAAUAUAGCACUGAAGAGAGUGGUUGAAUCGAUCGCGAAUGGUGAUUCUCACGUGCCAUUCAGAGAUAGCAAGCUAACCAUGCUACUCCAGGACUCGUUCGAGGAUGACAAGUCGAAGAUCUUGAUGAUUCUUUGUGCUAGUCCAGAUCCAAAGGAAUUGCACAAGACUAUUGCUACCUUGGAAUACGGUGCUAAAGCUAAAUGUAUUGUUCGAGGUCCUCAAACACCAGUUAAGGAUGAAGACUCAUCGUCAGCUGUUCUUUUGGGUUCGAGGAUUGCAGCCCUUGACCAGUUUAUCAGCAAGUUACAGUUGGAGAACAAGCUAAGGGAGAAAGAGUGCAACGAGGCUCAGAAAGAGCUUAAGAAGAAGGAACAAGAAGUUUCUGCAUUGAGGGCUAAGCUUGCAAUAGCAGAAGGGAACCGAAAGGAAGGGAGCGAGGAAGAGAUAAAUUUGAUAGUAAAAGAGCGAACGUCUAAACUCAAAUCCGAACUAGAGAAGAAGGUACAAGAAUGCCAGCAAAUGGCGAAUGAAUAUGUCGAGAUGGAAAGGAGGAAGAUGGAAGAAAGGAUGAUUCAGCAGCAGCAAGAAGUUGAAAUGUUGAGGCGGCGGCUGGCAGAGAUCGAAUCUGAACUUAAUCAGACAAGAGCCGGGAGAGCCUCAGUAGACAUGGAGGGAAGCAGGUUCGCAAAAAAGCUGUUGGAGGUGUGCUCUGAGGAGUCGGAUAUGGUUAAGUCCAUGGAUUUGGUCCAGUCCAUCGACAUGGAUAUGAAAGUGCUUCCGAAGACAGAAGUUUAUGGAUCUUCUUGCACUGUUUCGGGCUAUCCCUACACGAAUAAUGUCUGUGAAGGAAUCAUAGGAUUGCCAGGAAAAGCAUCCUUGACCACUGUGUAUGAGGAGGAUGAAAACGAAUCCGAGGAAGACAGAGAGAAUCUUUCGGAGGAAGAAGUGCAGAAGGAGGUGAUAGAAGAGAAAAAGAUAACAAUUGCACCUCAAGUUUCUCAUCCAAACAUUGAAAAGUCCGACUACUUUAAUGACACAGCAAAGAUCAGAGGUUCAUUAGUCUUAUACGACGACGAGCCUGAAAAUGCUGUUGAUGCUCCAGCUUCUCGUGAACUAAGGAUUCAAAAUAUUUUCACUCUAUGCGGGAAUUACAGAGAACUCUCUCAGAGCAAUAGCAGCACAGAAGCACCUGCUAAAACAAUAUCAGACGUAGAUGAAAAAUCCGAGGUUCAUCAGAGUAUUUCCAGAGAUGCACCUGAGAUUGAAACUUCGAAGGUCGAAGCCUCUGAUCAUGUCGAAGUAUAUGUAAAAUGGGAAGCAUCGAAAGAGAACCCCGGAAAAUUUAUCACCACAUUGAAGAUUUCAAAAGAUUCGACUCUUGCAGACCUACGAAAGGCAAUAGAGAUCAAUCUUGGUAGUAAUCAGCAAGCUUUCACUUUCCUUGUUCUCGGGGACCCGUCGGGUGCCCCUGUGCCUAAGGAGAAAGAAGCCACAAUGUCUGCAACUGCGCUUCCCGUCUGCAACAGCCAAUUACAGGGCCAUCUAGCUUGUCUGCGCCCGGUGAAGAGAAUUCAGUCUCCCGGUCAUCUACCAUUCAGUUCCUUGGAGAACAUGCUGGGAAACACCCCGAAUUCGCAAAGGAAGAGCAAUGAUUGCUACUCACCCAAGGUAACUCAGCACAUUAAUUCGACACCUUUUAUUGCUCUGUGAAGACAGAUUGAUUGUGUUUUGUGUUAUAUAGUUAGAACUUCCUGUAAAAGUAUAUGCGCCGACUAUGACAUAUGUAUUGUGUUUGGAGGAGUGGUGUGUCUGUCUAAUGUGCACAGCUGAGUGAGUAUGUUAUCUGUAGUUAUGUACUCCUUGUGCAUGUUCUUCUAUUAAUGAUUGUUGGUUCGAUUGUUUUUGUCGUAAA